UUUCCGGUGGGGCUAACUAAGCUUACUCUAAUGUAGUAAAUUUCAUGGAACCUUCCCGUAAUGUAGUAAAUUUCAUGGAACCCUCCUGUCUCCUUCCUCGCAUUUUCUUCCUUCUCCUUCCAAUCAUCGAACCACCAAAUUCUUCACAAAUCAACCAUUAUUCUUUUAUUAAAAGAUACCCCAUAUAAUAAAAUCAAACGCCACAAAAAAAGCCCUAGAUCUGUGCCGAAACUUCAAAUUUCAAAGUUCCGUAAGUUUCUCCAAUGGCCGGAAUGCUUCCUGGUGUAGAAUGUGCUCGAAGAAGACGUUGUCAUCAAAACAAAAUAUGGUCAGAUUCACCGCAAGUCGACGCUCAGGUUUUAACUAGGAGAUCCGUUCUCUGUUUGUACACAAGUAACCACGAAGCGCUCCUCGUUUCAAAUCCGUCUAUGAGACGUUUGUUAAUGGAGGCAGGAGGAGAAGAUGAGCUGGAUGGAAUUGCGAGAGAAGCGAAGAGGAGAUUGGAUGAGAGAUUGUGGAGAACGCAGAGGAAAUCAGAAGAUAAUGGAAGAGAGAUGAUGAGGAGAAAAUUCAGUUGGAGAAAGUUGAAUUGGAUUGGCGUCGAAGAAGAUAAGUGCGGUCAAUGCUGGUGAAGAAGACGACUUGGACUUAAUUUCCAGUGAGUUUGUUCUUCUUCUUCAACAUGAUUGGGGGUGGGAUAGCUGUUUGUAAUUUAUCAAUUUAAACCCAAACAAAUGUAUGAUUUUGAAGAAUCAAAGAAAAUACUCUCCCAAAAUAAAUUAUUGAAACAACAAAA